AUGCAUGAGCUAAAUGCGAUAACACCGUUAACCCCAAGAAUGGUUGACACCCUUGCCUCUAGAGAGGAGGAUAUUGGGACGGCAAGGUCCAUUGAAAAUAUCAAAUCCAAUGGUCCGUUUGAAGUUACUCAGGUCGUUCCUUUCUCUGCAUUGAUACCAUCUCUGCGGCCAUCCUUUUCCUACUUCAACAAAGACGUCCCGCAAGAGGAGGAGGAAAAUGUGGCAAACCGAUCAGACACAGGAACGAAACGCCGUUUUAAUGAGUUCGGUUUUUCCACCCCUGAUUUCGUUGAUCCUCCCCCAGUCCCUUUUACCGAGUCAUCUGCCAAUCGACGCGCUUGGAUCACGUGCUUGGAAUUUUCACACACCCACACACUUGGGGUCUCCAGUCUGGAUGAGUACGACAGCCAGUACGCAUUUGGAGACUCAGCAACGAUAGACGAAGAAGCUGAUCAUCUAUGGUCACGUGUGCAUCCUCGUCUUGUCCCCUCGCCGCGUCUUACGGCUCUGAUUCGCGGCCAGGCUAUUGAUGUGUUGGCUACUACGAAGCCGGGCGAACAGUUAGGCAUUCCACACUCACUCCGUCCACAUAUUUGGCCCCGUCUUACUGGAUCACUAGAGAAGUCUAGUAUUGCUAAACUGAGAGAUCCGCCUCUCACCUACACAGAAUUGGUCCAAUUGAGUUCCUCGGACACCCUGGCACCUGGAUUCCAGAUAGAAAAAGAUCUCUUCCGAACGAUGCCUAACAACGCAUGCUUCUCCUCUUCCCACUCGACUGGCAUAUCCCGACUACGCCGCGUUCUACGAUCCUUGGCGUGGCUGUAUGUUGACGUAGGUUAUUGUCAAGGAAUGGGCUUGAUUGCGGCCAACCUGCUCCUGUGUAUGGAAGAGGAGACCGCAUUUUGGAUGAUGUGCAGUAUCAUUGAAGAUCUCCUUCCACCAUCCUAUUAUUCCUCGAUCAGUUUACUCGGUGUUCAGGCGGACCAGGCUGUUUUAUGUCAUUUACUCCCACGGUACUUGCCCGAAGUGGACUGCUUGCUUAAAGACCACGGAAUUGAACUAUCGCUGAUCACCCUGCAAUGGUUCCUCACCCUUUACGCAAGUGUAUGCCCCACACCAGUGACGUUCCGGAUUUGGGAUCUGUUUUUCUACGAAGGUUCUGUUGUGCUGUUCCGAAUCGCUCUUGCGUUGCUCACAAUGAAGAAACCCGAACUAAUGAAUUUGGACAAUCCAGUGCAAAUUUUCAACCUGUUGUCAGGUGCGCCGGGUACUGUCACUGAUGUGAAUGAACUUAUACAAUGCACAAUUGCAUUCGCACAGGUCGCCUAUUCUCUUGAUGAGGAAUAUUUGGAUGCCUCCAGUGUCAGCAGCCUUCGACGUCACUAUCUGGCCCAGCUGAUGGUCGAAGAAAGUGCAUUGCUGCAGCCAGACUCACGACCCAAUUUGCCGAAGCAGUAUCUGGCCAAGCGACAACUGAAACGUCCUCGGUCCGCUCUCAGUCAGUUCUUGCGCGCGGUCGCUUUAUCUUCGAGUCCGUCUAGACGAUUGGCAAACGUGGCAGUACCAUUUCGUGAUCCACAGCAGCAAUCUUCCGAAUGUCAUUCACCUGACUACUCACGUUCCUCACAUAACGGUGAAGCGGAACCAGAGGAUCCAAAGUUGAAGAAUGUGCGACAGACGGAGAUUUUGGUCGAACUGAAACAAGCCAUACUUAUGAUUGUGCGGCAUUUUCGAUUGUGUGACCCACAACAUGCCGAUGCUAGUUCUCAAGCUGACUAUUCAAUGGAAAGCCAUCGACUGGAUUUGGAAACCUACGUUCAGCUACAACCACUGUACGACGAGUACGCGGUUAUUGCAGCUGAUGAUGAUGAAGUUGAGAAGUGUGGUUUGAGCCUUGAUGUAGCUCAGUGGUCCAGGCGCAAAAUUACUGAGGGUCUGUGUUUCAAACCCAACCUCGGCAUCCCGAUUACUCUUCUCGAAGCUUGGGUGGCCCAGCAUCGACGACGCCGAGCCAAAGCGUUAAUGGACUUCGAACGUCAAGAACCUGAUGAACUUGGCUUCAGUAAAAAUGAUAUUAUCACAAUUGUCAAUUCCGACGACGAGCAUUGCUGGGUUGGUGAACUGGAAGGUGUUCGUGGUUGGUUUCCUGCCAACUUUGUCGAGCUUCUGGAUGAGCGUGGGAAAAACUACUCAUCUGCCGGUGAUGAUGCGGUGAAUCAGAACAUUGCCAGUCUAGUUAGGGGAGGCCUUUGUACUGCGUUGAGUGCCGUAUUUACACACGGAUUGAGGCGCCCACGGCUUCUUGGAGAAUCAGGUUGUCAUCCUUGGCAUUUUAUCGAAGAGGCUGCAGCCAAAGAAGUGGAACGUGACUUUGCCUCCGUCUACUCGCGACUGGUCCUAUGUAAAACCUUCCGGCUGGAUGAGGAAGGAAAAGUUCUGAGUCCAGAAGAAGUUCUUUAUCGCGCCAUACACAGUAUCAAUAUGUCACAUGAUCUGGCCCAAGCCCACAUGGAUGUGAAAUUUCGUUCCCUCGUCUGCUAUGGACUAAAAGUGCUAAGUCAGUUCGCCUUCCACCUGUCCCCAAUCUACGAACUUGCGACCAACCGACUCGACACUGCCAGCGAAACAAAUUCGAAAACAGCCUCCUCUCGAAGACCCACACGUUCAAUGGUAACGGUUAAUUCGCUCGUGGAUGCAGCUGGCGCAAAGCCCUUAAGAAGGCUGACAAAGGCUGCUGUCGCCAAAGACCCAAUGAACGAUCCGCCAUCACUAGUCUCGAGUUUCCUGUCGAACACAUCGACGCAAGAUGAUUCCAAGGAGUUAGAGCGUACCUACAGAAUGGUUGCAGGAAACACUGGAGAUAUGUUGGUCAAAUACCACUUAUUCAGUUGGGAACUGUGAUUGUGUGUUGUCAGCCGCGCCUUCGUCCAAGUCACAAAAACCACAGCUUACAAGUUGAACACUUCUGUGAUCUUAAUGUCGUUCGUCUGUGUUUCGGCGCAGGACGAUUCUCAUGGAACCGUUUGGAGCAUUUCCCCAUCCGCUUCCCUCUUCUCCAACAACCCACUACUGCCUUCCAAUCUGAUCUAUGUUGUUCACGUUUAUUCUUGUUUGAAAUUUUCGACAAUUAGACUUCUCUCUUUCUCCUGAUGACCGCCACCACUGUUCAUUUUUCCGAACAUAUCACUUUACUCCGUGUGAAUACGACUCAGCGUCCACAUUCCCAGUAUUGUAACUAGGAUACUGUAUGGUCAUCCUCCUGUUUUGUUUUGUUUUGUUUUGUUUGCUUUUGUUGCCCGUGUAUCUUUGUCGUCUUUUCUGUAUUUUCCAUGUUUUUCUGACCAAGUUCCUUAGCAUCAUG